CUUGAAGUUCUGGCCCAAACCCUCUCAGGCCUUUAUUCACAGCACCCACCUAGACUUGGGUAUCAGCUCUACCAACAAGGUCUCCCUCUACAGGAGCCGAAUCCCGGAGCUAUGUCUGAAAAGCAAGACCCCAAAACCCCUGAAGCAGAAUGCAGUGCAGUGGAUGAGAAGGAAUUCAAAGAUGAAGAACAAUGGCUUUUUGAAGUUCUGGGAAUCAAGCCUGGGCCUUCCUCUGCUCUGGAUGAUGACACUGAGAAGCAGGAGGACGAGCCGAUGGGCCGCACCGAAUUUCUUCGCCUGCAAGAUAUUCUCCAAGAUGACAAAGUCAGCAGUACCAAUGAUAAGGACACUUUCCAGGCUGAAUAUACUGAAGAUGAUGAGGAGAGUCACAGUGACAGCGACAUUGACGAUAAUGUGAGAGUCAUCAUUGGCAACAUUAAAGCAAGCCCCUCCAUGUAUAUGGAGAUGCUCCCUAAUCUGAACCCCCAAGGUGACCAAGACCUGGAAGUAACCAAAUCAGACGAUGCCAUUAACCCAACUGAUUAAACAAGCAAGGGUCAGAAACGUGUCACCAUCAUCUAUCAUUAUGCCCUCAUGCAUAAAUGAAGUCCUGGUGGAAAAAACAAAAACAAAAACAAAACAAACAUCUCUACCCACCAACCUGAAAGCAAAUCUAUAUCAAACUGCUAAAAUAAAUGGAAAAUACUUAAUUUGAGCCUGGCUGGUUUGAAAAUUGGAAAUCCUUGUUCAAAAUGAAAAUCAUCCCAAAAUAAUCUAAAGUCAUCUACCAGCCAACUAGGGGAGUUUGUUGCUUGCCAAAUGUUGAAUAAAAUGAAUAAAAUCUUCUGCUUGAAAA